AUGGAUACAGCGACCGAAGCGCGUCUACUUGAGGAUGAACGUGCUCGUGCUCAGUUGGAAUACGAGAAUAUAAAAAAGGAGUUUACGCUUGAGGAAGAGGGCGAGGAUGCACCUUCGUUGGAUGCCAAGGCGGAAUCUCAAUUGAAUGCGCAAUUGAUCGAAGCUUUAGUAAAUGCAAAAAUGGUUUCUAUUGAUCGCUUAGCUCUGGAAUUCAACUUGAAAGUUGAUGUGAGUUUUAAUUGA